GUGGUGUUUUAAAUAAGUUCCCAGUCCAAGAAACCUUCACAGGGCCAACACAAAAAAAUUAUUCUACUCAAUAUAUUGGAUCUAUUUGGAUCGGCACACAAACACUCCUCUUUUGAGACUACGAGUUGUAAACCCAAAUUUUUAAUGGAUAAACAUGAACCUACGUUGCUGCCGUUUAUUAUGGACAUGCUAAGUCGCGAGCCGCAAAUGUGCUCUUCUGUGGACGACUUGGUUGAGAACAUCAAGGACGUUAUGCUCGAGGAGCACGUCAGAGCCUUCGGGAGCCUCAAGCGUGCGGUGGAGUUUGCCCUGGAGUUGGGCGUCAACCUGGGCAUCAUCUCGCUGGCCGCUAGGAAGGUCCGCAUUCCCCCUACUUAUCGCAGAUGUACACACAAGACUAAGGUGCCCGUGAGCAACAGGAUCCCUGUCCGCUUGGGACGCCAGCUGGUCAAGCAGCGGAUGGCGAUGAUCUCGGCAACCAAGCUGGCGGCCAAGAAGCGGUCAGGAGGACGCCUAAAAAGGGCCAAGAAGACUGCUGGGGUAGCGCCAAAGAAGUAACUUGGGGACAAACCAUGGCUAUCUCUGUUCCGUCCAAUAAAUAAUACAAUUGCGAAUGGCUUGCAA